UUUUGUUUUAGACAUCUGAUGGCUAACCUUUCUGACAAAUUUCCAGCUGGUUCUUACCUUAAGGAUCGGAUUCCUUACUUGUUUAUGUGUUGUGCUUAUUCUCGCACACCGGAGAUGUAUGAGUUCAACAUGGAAAUCUUGAGGAGUGAAGGUGGCGACAUAGUUGCUCAAUUUCUGGAGGAUCUUCCCAAGGAGAACUGGUGUAUGGCUUACUUUAACGGUGAAAGAUUUGGUGAAAUGACAAAUAACUUGGCUGAGUCUUUCAAUAAUUGGGUGUUGCCUUUGAAGAGUCUUCCUAUUCUUGAUAUUAAUGAUGGGAUUAGAGUGAAGUCCAUGGCUUCAAUUGCUGCUCGGAAGCAGGAUGCUCAAGAAUGGUUCUCUGAGUUGUGCCCGGUGAUUGAAAAGAAGCUGAAGGAGAAUUUGGAAGUCGGAAGGCAUUGGAGAGUGAGCAGGUCUGAUACCUAUGUGUAUGAAGUUCACUGCCAGAAGUACAAUAGCAUGGUAAAUUUGGAAACUCACUUUUGUUCGUGUGGAGAAUGGCAGCUGUAUGGCUUCCCAUGUUCCCAUGCCCUUGUAGUGAUCCAACAACAUGGUUCUUCCCCGUAUUUGUAUGUCAAUGAGCUGUACAAGGUGGAGAAAUAUCGAGAAACUUAUUCUUUCCCAAUUAAUCCUCUUCCCUCUAUUUCGAAGCAAGUGCAUGAUUUUGGUAGAGAUGCAGUGAUAUUGCAGCCUCCUUUGACUAGAAGACCACCGGGAAGGCCUAGAAAGAAGAGGUUCAGAAAAAGGAGCGAGCAAACCAGGGUGAUCAAGUGUGGUAGGUGCGGAAAAUGUGAUGGUCACAACAGAAAGAGUUGUACAGCUCCGAUAUAGGUUCUAUUCUGCUUACAUGCCUUUAACAGUGACAUGGCAAGUGACAU